UUGAGUUAUUUUAUUUGGAAAGUGUGGCAAUGGAAAGAAGAACUUGAGUCAACUAGUUAUACAAAUCUACCUCCCCUCAAGACUUAGCCAGUUGAUAGCUCCUGCCCGCUGCCCACCAAGAGUCUGCAUGAAGACUUGGAAAUAGCAACCAAAACAUGAAUCUCAUCAUACAUAACAUCAACUCAUCAUCAGACUGACUACAUCCCUCCACCUGGCUGCAAACGGCAUGAGGACAGAGCUGGAUCUGUCUUGAGACAGUCUGCCUAGGCUUUCAGGAUGAAUCUGGAAAAACUCAGCAAGCCAGAACUCCUAACACUAUUCAGUAUUCUUGAAGGAGAACUUGAAGCAAGGGACCUCGUUAUAGAAGCUUUAAAGGCCCAACACAGAGAUACUUUCAUUGAAGAACGCUAUGGAAAAUACAACAUCAGUGAUCCUUUAAUGGCACUCCAGAGAGACUUUGAAACCCUAAAAGAGAAGAAUGAUGGCGAGAAGCAGCCAGUGUGCACCAACCCGCUCUCAAUUCUUAAGGUGGUGAUGAAACAGUGCAAGAACAUGCAGGAGCGCAUGCUGUCGCAGCUGGCUGCUGCUGAGAGCCGACACCGCAAGGUAAUCCUAGACCUUGAAGAAGAAAGGCAAAGGCAUGCACAGGACACAGCUGAAGGCGAUGAUGUCACCUACAUGCUGGAGAAGGAGCGAGAGCGACUGACUCAACAGCUGGAAUUUGAAAAGUCCCAAGUGAAAAAGUUUGAAAAAGAGCAGAAGAAACUCUCCAGUCAGCUGGAAGAGGAGCGCUCCCGCCACAAGCAGCUCUCCUCCAUGCUGGUCCGUGAGUGCAAGAAGGCCACCAGCAAGGCGGCGGAGGAGGGCCAGAAGGCGGGAGAGCUGAGCCUGAAACUGGAGAAGGAGAAGAGCCGAGUGAGCAAGCUGGAGGAAGAGCUGGCCGCCGAGCGGAAGCGGGGCUUGCAGACGGAGGCCCAGGUGGAGAAGCAGUUGUCGGAGUUUGACAUUGAAAGGGAACAGCUGAGAGCAAAGCUGAACCGAGAAGAGAACCGGACCAGAACUCUGAAGGAAGAAAUGGAGAGUUUGAGGAAGGUAGUGAAGGAUCUAGAGGCUUUGCACCAGCAAAGUGGCCCCAGCGAGCAAGUGAAGAAACCAGUAACUGUGUCUAAAGGCACGGUAACUGAGCCGCCCGUGCUAGUGUCUGUAUUUUGCCAAACAGAGAGUUUUCAGGCAGAGAAGACACAUGGGAGCAGCACGACCAAGGUGACAACCACCGAGCUGCCUGGGCCCACCACUCCCACUUACUCUUAUGCAAAAACCAAUGGACAUUUUGACCCAGAAAUGCAGACUACCAAGGAGUUGAUUGCAGGCAGCAAUGUAGAAAACCAAGUGCCUCCACGAGAGAAGCCUGUGGAAUUGGCGCAAGAAAAAGCAGUAGAGAAUGGCGGGUGUCCUGUGGGAAUAGAGACACCAGUCCCAGCGCCUAGUCAUCUGCCUUCCAGUGGGAGCUCCCCAUCUCCCAGCAGCACUGCCUCUUCCUCUCUCACAUCCUCUCCUUGCUCUUCACCAGUACUAACUAAGCGUUUAUUGGGGUCAUCAGCCAGCAGCCCUGGCUACCAGUCAUCCUACCAAGUAGGGAUCAACCAGCGGUUCCAUGCAGCUCGGCACAAAUUUCAGUCCCAAGCAGAUCAGGACCAACAAGCCAGUGGUCUGCAGAGCCCUCCAUCCAGGGAUCUGUCCCCCACCCUCAUAGACAACUCUGCUGCCAAGCAGCUGGCCCGGAACACGGUCACUCAGGUGCUCUCCAGAUUCACUAACCAACAAGGACCAAUCAAGCCCGUGUCUCCUAACAGCUCUCCCUUUGGCACAGACUACCGAAAUCUGGCCAGCACUGCCAACGCGAGAGGUGACACCAGCCAUUCACCUACUCCAGGAAAGGUGUCCAGUCCUCUGAGCCCCCUGUCUCCAGGGAUCAAGUCCCCUACCAUCCCCAGAGCUGAGAGAGGAAACCCUCCACCCAUCCCACCCAAAAAGCCUGGCCUCACUCCCUCUCCAUCCACUACCACGCCCCUGACCAAAACUCACUCCCAGGCAUCCUCUUUGGCCACUGCAGAAGACCUUGGCAGCAGCUGCUCUUCUAAUGCUAUUGUCACCAAUGGCAAGGAUGUUGAGAUACUUUUGCCUACCAGCAGCUAGUGCCUAGGAGGGAGUCUCUGCGUUUGACAUUCCAUCAGAUUUCGUCCAGGAGCUCAAGAGUCAAACCAUUGAGUCAGAUCAUGUUAUUUAUUUUGAUCUUAGCUGAAACCGUCUGUAUAAUACAUUUAGUGUGUUUCACCUUUUUGUAUUUUAUAAGUAGAAACUAAGUAGUUUGGAAUUUUAUGAUUCCCAUCUUUGUGCUAAAGCUAGAAGGGCACCUCAAAGACACCUAAGCUUCACAGUCACCAUCACGUUAUGAUGGAGAAAGCUAACUUCAGUACCAGGUUGUGAUUUGCUGUCUGUCUGGAGACUCGAAUCACUCAACACUCAUUUUGAAUUAUGCGGAAGUGGUUCAUGCAGAUUUUUUUAUUCCAGAUGAACAUGUUUUAAAAGUGCCUGAAAUUAGACUGCCAUAUGAAUGUCAUUCUGCAGCAAAAGCACAGAAUGGAUCAUUUAACUGAAAAAAAAAAUGAGAUCCUCUGUGAAUUCUGAAUGUUAAAAACCAACACUGCUUUUAAUCCUCUUUUACUGUUUUAAUACAAGCUUUGUGUUCAGAAAUAAGGCUGCAUAAGUAGAAUGGGAAUGCUAAAGGUGAAUGAAAACUGACCACAAAGUGAGCUUUAUAGAGCCCUUGAGAAACCCUCCUGAACAUUAAGCAGUUGGGGUGCUGAUUUUCUUGUACUUUGGAAAAACCUCAUCACUCCCAGUUUCCUGCAUAAGUUCUUGAAUAGAAUGAAAUCACAUCUCCUUCAAAAAUGUCUUCAGGCAUCUACUGUUGUGUAAGGAAUUUCUGAUUCCGAUUGCUAUUACUUGAAUAGGAAAUGGUUACUCAUUCUGUAUAAAAGUUUUGCAACAGAAUGAGAUCUUUAUUCUGUAAUCAAAAAGCAAUAACUUAAAGUUCACCCUCUUUGUAAUAUUAUAAGUCAGAAUUAAACAGGUUUUAGCAAAUUGUUACACACUUAUUCUCCAAGCUGCCAGCACUUGGUGUCCGUAUCUGUGGAACCAAAUUAACUUUUACCUAAAUGAAAGUAUACAUAUAUCUGUAUAGAUACACACCCCUUUACGUGUUUAACAUACACACACUUAAACACAUAAAUAUUAGUGUGAUUGUAUCUUUGGAGUUUGCAAUAUAGUGUAAAGGAUGAGUAGAAAUGCAUGUUAAGAUUACCUACCAAAGCAACUAGACGUAGCUGGGACCCAAUCAAAGAAGGAAUCUUGUCAUGGGGAGGGGGAAAUUUCACAUGACAUCAGGUCUUUAGCAUCAUGAAGACAAGGCCAAACCAACCCAGUGUCACAAAGCUCAACUGGUUAUAUAAAUGAGAAAAACAAAUCGGUCACUCACUCAAAUGACAUAUAACAGCUGGGAGCAGUGAGAGCCCUAGCAAAGUGAAGUGCUCAUGCCCUGCUGAAAAGGGCACCUCCUGUGCCACUUCAGCUGCUUGCUGCUAUGCAAGAAUGCUGGACCAGGAUUACCAGCUCCUAAGAUUUUUAUGAAAUCCAAAUUUUCAUGAGAAACAUUCUCAUUUUUAAAUAUCAAGAACUGAUCAAAAUAUUUUUAAAUACUGCUAAACAUUUCUGCAGCUGGAUUUAGCUCACAAGCUGCCAAGCUGCAGCCUCUUUAAUUCUAGAAACUUCUGUCAUUUCCAUCACAGUGAGUUUGUGCGGACAGAAGCCUCCAAGCUUUCCAACUUGUUGGCUAGCACAACCAACAAACUUCCUAGAGUAUGACUGUCCACCUCAGACAUGGUGGUUACCUGAUUCUGUGUCCACAAGGAUGGAGAGGUCUCACAUACAUUCUUCUAGUCAACACUUUACCCAGCAGGCAGGGCUUCCUUGGUGGCUCAGUUGGUAAAGAAUCUGCCUGCAAUAUGGGAGACCUGGGUUCGAUCCCUGGGUUGGGAAGAUCCCCUGAAGGAGAGCAUGGCAACCCACUCCAGUUUUCUUGCCUGGAGAAUCCCCCUGAACAGAAGUGCCUGGCGGGCUACAGUCCAUGGGGUCACAAAGAGUCGGACUCAACUGAGUGACGAAGAACACAGCAUGACCUCCUGUUACGAUUUAAACCUACUUCCUCAUAACCCAGUAUGAGUUGAUGGGAGAAAAGCAGGUGACGGAAAUCAAGAUAAAUCACUCUGGAGUACACUGGUGUCUGCACAGCUUAUGGUUUGACUAAAGCCAAUACAUCAAAAAAAAAAAGAAAAUACUGUUAAUGCCCUAGCAUGUCUACCAAAUGAUAAAGAGGUUAUCUUAAACUUCCCAGAGCAAUCAUGCAUUAAAUUUUAUUCCCAUGCAUUGUCACAUGAACUGGAACUUUUCUAAACAGGAAAGGGGGCUAUAAUCCCAGAGUAUUGUUACCUCUCUUGCUUUAAAUGGUAAUCUUACAAGUUGCAUUGUGCUCUUCUUUUGUUUUGGCAUAGAUAUAUAUAGAGAGAGAGAUACUAUAAGGAAGUUUAUUUCUUAGAAAGUGCACUGAAUAAUGUAUUACUUUUACAGUGUAAUAUGGGGGUGGGGGAAGCGCAAAAGAAAUGUGUAUUUUUGCUAGUUGCCUAUCUUCUGAGAUAAACAAGCACAAUACUGCAAUGGAUCAAAUAAUCCAGUUAGGUAUUAUAGAUUAGUAUUUAAGUUUGCUGUAGACUGUGUGUGUGUGCUAAGUGGAAGUUCCAUGAUUCACAGUUCCAGUCUUAACCCAUGUUGUGAGAGCUGUUCCUGGUCAACAGGUCAUAAUGAUGUGCAGCACAUAGCACAAGCACUAACUAGUUAUUAACAUCUGUAAAACCAAAUGUACCGUGCAGAAGUCUUCAUCCACUUUUAUAGCAGACUACAUUAAAACAACUUAAAUCAUA